AGCUAAGGGCAGGUGUUGACUUAGAGUUUGGUAAGCGCGUUCUCAUUCAUUUAUUCUCCUGCCCAGCCUGCACAGCCUCUUUUCAUUUCGUCCUCAGCACUAUGCACAUGUACAUCCCAUUUCUGGUUUUCGGGGCCGCAUCUGUGUUGGCCGAUAUUCAUGAUGAAAUCCGGAAAAUUUCGGACGAAAUGGAUUUGGUCAAAUCUGAAAUCGUAUCCCUCCAAGAGAAAAUCCGUCUGAUGAGGGUCAAUGAGGAAGACUUACACCGCAUAGCGCCUGGCCACGAUAGAAAGAAGAGGCACGUCUUUGUUGAGUUUGCCCCUAGAGGUUCUCCCGGUCACCCAGGUGAGAGAGGCCCACGAGGGGAGCCUGGAAUGCCCGGGCUACGGGGACCUGCUGGUGAAGACGGGGUAAAGGGGGUCCGAGGGGAUCCCGGGUUCCCAGGACAUCUCGGCUACGUAGGGGUGAGGGGUCCUAUGGGACCGAAGGGCGAAACUGGCUCCAAGGGCAAGCAAGGCGCAAUGGGAUCACAUGGAAUGCGUGGACAAACGGGUCCCAAAGGAGAAAAGGGAGAUCAAGGACCCCCUGGACCACCAGGUAUUCCUGGAUUUCCCGGUUUUGCUGGAACAGACGGAACCAUGGGAAUGAUGGGCGACAUGGGGGAGCCCGGGCCCAAAGGCGACCAAGGGGAGCCUGGCGAACCGGGCAUUGUUGGACGGAUGGGAGAGACGGGAAAGCCCGGGGACACUGGGGCCCCGGGAAUCAUGGGAUACAGGGGCCCCCGCGGGGAGUACGGACCGACAGGGGUAGAGGGGGUGCCAGGAUUCCCAGGUUUACCAGGAGACCCCGGACUUCCAGGUCCUCAGGGACCACAGGGGGUGACGUACGCCGAGUACGUUAUCGCUUACAACGAGGCUCUCGCCAGGUUACGUGAAAGCGAACAGUAAUACCAAGUGUUUUGACGUUAGGAGCUUUAGCAUAGGCUUAUUUUAAUGACAUAUCUAGAAAAGCUUUGUUGCCAAAAUAUAUAUGUUUCUAAUAGAAUUUUAAAUAGUUCUUUGCAAUAUUUGAUUAUUCAAAAUUAUUAGUCAUCGAUAGAAACGUAAUUGAACUCAUGACCGUAUGUACAUACAUUGCCAUACUUCUGAGGAGUGGUACAGGUGUGUGCGCGUGGAUCUAUUACCCAUCAAAUAUAUCAAUUAUAUCACACGCUGAUUUUGAUUUACAUCUACAACAUCAGUUGGCUUACUAAGUACUCCAAACAAGCUAUACGGAAAUACAUCCGUGCACCUGUUCCCAGAAGUCUAUGAAAAUCUUGGUUCUAAUUGGUGACAUGGGAGGUUGGAAUAUCCCAGCAUUUUAUUAGUUGUUCGCGAUUAUAAAAUUGACACGCAGUUUUACGAAAUGAAACUUGGUGGACCUACAAUGGUCUUUAUGAGAAAAGGCAGACGUUCAAGCGAUAUUGGCAAAAGGUGACUGCCAGGUUUUUAAAGAAUUGUAAAAACUCAAUGUUCACCAAAUAUGAAAUGAUUUGAAACAGUGUGUGUAAGAUUAGACGACCGGUGAUAGCUUGAUUUGUUAUAUUGUGUGUAUUAAUUCCUCAAAUGAUUGUACUUAUACAUGUAAUAAAUAUUUGUGAAACUCUGCCGUUUCACGUUUUGAAGAUUUU